AUUAGAUGGUCCAAGCCCACCUUUUUUCUCUGCUUUAUAUUCAUCUUCUCCCGACGCUAAGAAACGGCUCUUCACUGCUAUCGAACUCGAAGAGGAAGCUUGACGCAGAACGACGACUCCGAGCUUCAGCGACGACGAUGGCGCCGAGAGCAAUCACCAGUCCGGUGCCGGAUUCGUUGUACCCGGCCCUGGCCUUCCUCAUGCUCGCGAUCGGACUCAUCUUCACCGCCACGUUCUUCAUUUACGAGACAACCUCCUCAAGACGGAACCUCAGCAUUGUCAAGGAGGUGACUACAGGGGCUGUGGCGUCUGUUUUCCUGGGAUUCGGGUCCUUAUUUCUUCUUCUCUCAUCGGGCGUGUAUGUUUGAUUCGUGAGGAUCGAGUUGGUUGCUGUUAUCUGACUGGAUAUAGUUUUUUAUAAUGGACAAUGUCCUCUAGAAUGCUGGGAACAAUUUUGGCAGGCUUAGAUCAGGGAGGUUUUCAUUAGUAGAAAGAAAUAGUGGUUUUCAAAUC